AUGCCAAAAGUGAAGCAAAAGAAGCGCAAUGGAGCCCCUAAUGGCAGUCCUUACUCCGACGCUGCCGUCAAGGCAAAAGCUGCCAACAGCGUCUUCAAAAUGAACACAGACAUCGGACAGCACAUCUUGAAGAAUUCCGGAAUCGCUGACAAGAUCGUGGAGAAGGCGGACUUGAAGCAGAGCGAUGUCGUUCUCGAAAUUGGUCCCGGAACCGGAAACCUUACGGUCAAGAUGCUUGAGAAGGCAAAGAAAGUCAUCGCGGUGGAAUUGGACCCCCGAAUGGCUGCCGAAGUCACCAAACGAGUUCAGGGAACUCCGGUGCAAAAGCGAUUGGAGGUCAUCCUCGGCGAUGUGAUCAAGACCGAUCUUCCAUAUUUUGAUGUUUGCGUCAGCAAUACUCCCUAUCAGAUCUCAUCUCCCCUCACGUUCAAACUCCUCGCUACCUCGCCUGCGCCCAGAGUUUGCAUUCUCAUGUUUCAGAGAGAAUUCGCCCUACGACUCUUUGCCAAACCCGGUGACAAACUCUACAGUCGUCUUUCCGUCAAUGCCCAAAUGUGGGCCAAGAUCGAUCACAUCAUGAAAGUGGGCAAAAACAAUUUCAAGCCUCCGCCGCUCGUCGAAUCCAGCGUCGUCCGCCUCGUUCCGAAAAACCCAAGACCGCAAAUCAAUUAUGACGAGUGGGACGGCCUGUUGCGAAUUUGUUUUGUGAGGAAAAACAAAACCAUUCGGUCGAGUUUUCUCGGCAAAUCUACCAUCAUGGACAUGCUUGAGGUCAACUAUCGGACUUGGUGUGCACAGAACGACAUUCCAAUCGAAGACGGUCCAGUGGAAGACACGAAUAUGGACGCAAUGAACACUAGAACUCAUCAAGACGAAGAAGAAGAGCUUGACGAAGCGAUGGAGGUAGACGAUGAGGAUGAUGUACCCGACUUUUUCAAGGAGCAGAACUCUCGCGUGCAGGAGGCCCUGAAGAAUCGGCCAGCUCGUAAAAAGCGAGGGAAGGUUGCGGAGUUGGUACGAGAGAAGGUACGGCAGGUUUUGGAGGACGAGACAAAGCUCGGAGAGAAGCGUGCAAGGAUGUGCGAUGAGAAUGAUUUUCUGAAGUUGCUGUGGGCAUUUAACCAAAAGGGCUUUCACUUCAGCUGA